AUGCCAGCUUAUCAUUCGACAUUUUUAGCAGAAGAACAAAAUCAAAGUAUCAAUUCUGGAAUUCGAACCAUUGGUAAUUUAUCAUUAUUACCAUUUCAUACUAAUUUCCGAGGUCCAAUUUAUUCUGAAAAUAAUUCUGAUUAUGAUAUAAUUGAAGAAGUAUUAGAUUUAUUUAGAGCUAAUUCAUUUUUCAAAAAUUUUGAAAUUAAAGGAAAUUCUGAUCGAUUAUUAAUUUAUGGGAUUUUAUUUAUAAAUCAAUGUUUAACCAAAUUAACCAAAUUUACUAAUUCAAAAGAAGCCACGAAAAUAUUAAUUAAUUUAAGUGUUGAUAAUUUCCAUUUACCUGGAGAUAUUGGAUUCCCAUUAAAUUCAUUAUAUGUAUCACCAGCAAAUAAAUCAGAAUAUGAAUUAUUGAAAAAUUAUUUGACUCAAUUUAGACAAGAAUUGAGUGAUCGAUUAAUUAAAAGAAUUUAUCAUGAUGAUCCUAAUAUUCCAAGUAAACAUUGGUUAGCUUUUACAAAAAGAAAAUUCAUGAAUAAAAGUUUAUAA